UAAAGAGUCCGAUCAUACCAACAACAGCGAAAUGUGUGUUCGUAAACCUUAGCUAGCCAGCUAGCUGCCCACUAUAGUUAAAACUCAGCAUUUUCAGUAGAUGAGUUGUUUCAAGCAGUAUGAGCACUGUCGCCGAUAUUUGAUUUUCAGGACUCGCGAGUAUUUGUAUUUAACAAUUUGUAAUCAGUUGUGUAUAGUAAUCCGAGCACUCGUCCGUUCCCGGUAGCCGGAUCGUUAGCCCAGAUUUGCCGCUUUGUUGUCCUCCAAUUCGUGGAAAAGUUGCUCCAACGGCUAGGUUGAAGUUGGGCGCGUGUUGGUGGCUGUCAGCUCGUUUGUGCGCCAGCGAGCCCGAUUCGGCUACACGCGGCUAAUCUUUCUCCGGCUCAUGCAGGACUUUUUUUGAACGUUUGGAACGGAGCGUGUGACUGGUCCCCCCCUCUCGCGCCGGCCCGCCGUUACCGCGGGACUCCGUAUAAACUGCCCGUCUGAAUUAUAAAAAGUCGCAGGUUAGACCUCUUGAAGACCCCCCCCCAUUUUGUUACCGGCGGCAGAAACUAGUGUUACGCGUCGUCUGCCAGCAAAACUUAGCGUGGCGUAUUAUUGGCUUAACAGGGAGAGUACCUGUAAAUUGGAGCUUGUGCUGUCUUAUGGUGUUGUGCUCUGGGGGUUCAUCCUGCUUGACAUCGGUUUUUUUUUUAAUGUUUGUAAUUGAAGCUUAGUGAGGAAAAAGUCGCUGGCGGGCUAAUUGUUUGCAAAUCGGUCAUUGCCACAGUCUUAGUAUCUAUUCUAGUUUCAGGCGAAUUAACAUUGUUUACAAACAUGUGUUUAGCGUUUAGAAUUCAUGUAGUAAGGUGAUGAGUUGGUAUUGUUUUCGUUAGCUUAAUUGAACAACGCUGGCCAAACCGCGUACACUGUACACAUUGCAACGUUUUGAUAUACUUAAUCUAAAAUUUGGCAUUUAAAAUCGGAAUCCUCUUCUUAAUGUCCGAAUAAUCAGGCGCGGAAAUUUAGCCGAAUGCCCCAGGAUCUGGCUGUCGGGGACGCGGGCUGUGUGCCCAGUGGGAGCCGGAGAAUUAGUUGCUAUCAGCAGAUACAAGCUGCUCUUUUCCUGCAAUAAAUAAGGGCUCUGUGUACAACCCGCUUUUAAUUAAAGGCAUUGCUAACAAAGUAAUUUUAAGUGGGAUAUGAGAAUACAUCUUUAUGGAAAUAACAGCUGAAAGUCCCGUAGAUGAGUACCUACAGGUCUGAGAACCGAGACGCUGGCUUGUUUCGAGGAGGAGCCCAGAAGCUGAGACCCCCUCUCCUACAGGACACAGAGUAGCCACCUGUUUAGCUGAGGCAGAAAGCAGGAGCCAAACACUGUGAAAAAAACCCUACAGAAACUCUACACCAUAUUUCUUUCGGACUAAAAGCCCCAUUGGUGCAUUCGCUGCAAUUUUCUGUUUUCAACAGGAAUACUGUUGGUGACAUACCUACAAAGCAAGAAGGAUAAGACUAAACUAAACCUCUUAUCUGAAUUUGAGGACCAUUAAGUGCAAGAUUAUAAAUAGAGAACAUCUAAAAGUACGCUAGAAGACCCAGUGGGGGGAAAAAACACAAGAAAAGCGGACUUUUGAACUGAAACACCACAAAACUCUGGAAGACUUUGGUCUGUUGAAAUUGCCUUAGCUGUUCUUACCCAGAACUUGUAUUUCAUGAUACACGUUUACAUAUAAUUUUCUAUAUUGUGUGCGUGUAUGUAACUUAUUUAUUCUCAUAAAUGCUUACUUCUCUUCAUAUGGAAGAGUUUUUGUGUAUAUAAACUUUUGUACGGCAGAUGCUCUUUAUUUUGAAGAGUUAAUGUGUGUAUAUAGAAUUAUAUAAGUACAAAAAUAAGUUAUAAAAUCUCAGAAGAACAGUUGUCAGUCUUGCAUCUUUAAACUGUUGAGAUAAGUGAAGGAGCAUUUUGAAGACGAGCUUGUGAUUUGAACAAAUCCUGAGCUUUCUCGGCAAUGGCAACUGCAAGAACAGAAAACCCUGCCACUGUGGUCAUGGGACUGAACAAGCAAAACGGGCAGAUGAGGGGGCAGCCCAAACCUGCCCCUGUUUCUUCAGGACCCCUAGCUGUUGGCUCUCAGCCAGGGAAGACCCCCAGUGCACCUCAGAAAGGAGCUAGUGUCCCGCAGACCGGCGGUGGCAUCAAGUUUGGUGAUGAUUGGAAGAAGUGCCUGCAGCUUCCCCCGAAAGACCUGCGUGUUAAAACAUCUGAUGUGACAGCAACAAAGGGCAAUGAGUUUGAGGAUUACUGUCUGAAGCGGGAGCUGCUGAUGGGCAUCUUUGAGAUGGGAUGGGAAAAGCCAUCCCCCAUUCAGGAGGAGAGCAUUCCCAUUGCUUUGUCUGGCAGGGACAUACUGGCCCGGGCCAAAAAUGGCACGGGCAAGAGUGGCGCCUACCUCAUUCCCCUCCUAGAGAGGGUUGACUUAAAGAAAGACUACAUACAGGCUCUGGUGAUGGUGCCCACCCGAGAACUGGCCCUGCAAGUCAGCCAGAUCAGCAUCCAGAUUAGCAAGCACCUGGGAGGGGUCAAAAUCAUGGCCACCACAGGGGGCACCAACCUUAGGGAUGACAUCAUGAGGCUGGAUGAAACCGUUCAUGUGGUGAUAGCCACCCCAGGUAGGAUCCUGGACCUGAUCAAGAAGGGGGUGGCCAAAGUGGACAGAGUCCAGAUGAUGGUGAUGGAUGAGGCGGACAAAUUGCUGUCGCAAGAUUUUGUGGUACUGAUCGAGGACAUCAUCGGCUUUUUGUCCAAGAACCGGCAGAUCCUGCUGUACUCUGCCACCUUUCCCAUCAGUGUCCAGAAAUUCAUGGCAAAGCACUUGCAAAAGCCCUAUGAGAUUAACCUGAUGGAUGAGCUGACUCUGAAGGGCAUCACCCAGUACUAUGCGUAUGUGACUGAGAGGCAGAAAGUGCACUGUCUCAACACACUCUUCUCCAGGCUGCAAAUAAACCAGUCCAUCAUUUUCUGUAACUCCACUCAAAGAGUGGAGCUGCUGGCCAAGAAGAUCACCCAGCUGGGUUACUCCUGCUUCUACAUCCAUGCCAAGAUGAUGCAGGAGUACAGGAACCGUGUGUUCCAUGACUUCAGAAAUGGACUGUGCAGGAACCUGGUCUGCACAGAUCUUUUCACCAGAGGAAUUGACAUCCAGGCUGUGAAUGUUGUCAUCAAUUUUGACUUCCCAAAAAAUGCUGAAACUUACCUUCAUCGUAUUGGCAGAUCAGGGAGAUUUGGUCACCUGGGCCUCGCCAUCAACCUUAUUACGUCUGAGGACCGCUUCAACCUGAAAAGUAUUGAGGACCAGCUAGUGACCGACAUUAAGCCCAUUCCCAGCAGCAUCGACAAAAGCCUCUACGUGGCUGAGUUCCACUCUGCCAACCCAGACUGCGAGGGAGAGGAAGGGGCGGGCGAAGCCGGCCACAAACCCUGAGAGCUGCAUGGCCCCACCGGGGAAUAGGACAUACCUGGCUUUUGCACAAAAUCUGCUUCUGCACAAAGACAUCAGACUUUUUUUUUUUUUUUGCCCCACCAACCCCAACUGGUCAAAGCUUUCCUUUCUUUCUGAUCAAAUUGCCAGCAGAAUUGUCUGUUGUGCUAUUUUGUGUCCGAACUAAAAACAUCCCUCCAAGUGAACAUCAUUCCCUUCCAGCCAAGUUAACUUCCUGGAGAGAGUCUCUCUGCGGUCACAUUGUUUUGCUGUGCCAUCAGCACAUAUUGGAAUUUACUAUUGCAAUACAUAACCAAAACUGCGUGGGCUGUAUGUGCGAUUGUGGUGCUUUACGAAGUGAAAUAAACCGACCCACCCUAAUAGUGUGAUGUAAACGUGUCCAAUAAGAAAGGCAGCUAAAUAUGUGUCAGUGAUUUUUCCAAAAGUUUAGAAAACCCUGCUGCAUUCCGGGCCAGAUUAACACUGAAUCCUUCAUUUGGCUUUCAGGAUUUGCAGUUUGUCUUGCACACACACAUGCGCACGCACGUACUCACACAAACACACACUCUAAGUGCCUUAAUCCUUCCAGUAGACACUUCCGCAUUCUCAGAGAACCUAGCAGUUUAGCAUGAAGCGACAUCGCCUUGGCUUGCAUCGUGCCCACUUGUGGCAUCAGUAUAGUGCAGCAUACUAUUUGCCCGAGUCUGGUUUCACUUUCAGUAUGGAAGAUGAGCAUAUGGUACCUAGAGAACUCCCAAACAUGUAGCAGGAUGAGAUGAUGUGGAAGGUGUGCAGUCGUCGUCUUCAUCACAGUUAUGGGGCAGCUCUGAAUUUCUUACGACCACAGACGUUAUCCAGACUUUUCUCAUAAUGAAAAGAUUUUCUAGGAUGAAACAUUGUGGUCUUGUCAUUCUUCUCUGAAGGCGUCAUGGAAGGUGUUUUAUGCAAUAUAAACAUACACACAUCAGCACAAAGGCUUUUCACUUGUUCAUAUUGUUUGUAGACCAAGGUGGGUAGACUGGAUAUGGUGCAAGCCAUGUGUUCCAAAGCUUCAUGAAACAUACAGAUUUACAUCUUUCACAGUGAUAUGUUGGAUGCUGGAACCAAUAUGGCUGGUUCGGUUUACAGUGCUAUAUAUUUUUAAUGAUCAGAGAAUUUUGGGGACGGUAGCUAUCAAAUUGUCGUUGUGGACCAGUAGUUUCUCUUUUUUCUUUUUGUGACCUCAAGAUGAGUAUUGGAAGACACUUGGACUUUUUCUUCCUGUAUUAUUUUUAAUUUACCUUGUCACGUGGACGUGCAGCUUGUUUAACUGGAAAAUAUAACAGGCAGAUAAGCCAAAGCUUUUUGCUCCAAAUGUUCCUGCCAGGUCUUGUCAUGUCCCCCGGGCACAAAAUAAAGUCCCCCUCAUACUCUAAA